UGGACGCUCGCACCUCAGAGUACCAGUCAGCCUCCACCGCUCACCGUCUUACCUCAAGCUCGCUCCUAUACGCAUCUCAUACUCAGCCAUGGCAGCCAACGCCCUCGCCCCCUUCAUGUACCAGCUGCAGGAGAGUCUCAAUAAUUUCGACCUCAAGAACUGGGUCAGUCAACUGGACUUUAAGACGGCGGGUGUCCUGGCAGUGGUUGUGGUGGGCGCCCUGCUCCUGCUGAACCUCUUCGGCAAGCCUUUCUCUCCCUUCGGUAGGAGCCUCCUGACCUCCGCCGCCAACGCCUGGGAAAACAGGGAUCAACUGGGAUUUGGUCCUGCCCUCCGUGGAAGUCGCUCGCUGGAGCCUGUAACACAGGUCCUCGACGCCCUGGCGGAGGCGGUGAGGAAGUGGGAGGAGCCAGAGGACAGCGCCGUCAGGACUCGCGCUCACUGAAGAGUUAACGGAAGUCUUCAGUAUUAUGCCAAAGUCAACAAAGAAGAGCUAAAUCAAAAGUGAACUUCGUCUGUUUUUUGUUUAUUGUUUUUAACCAUGAAGCUGAUGAUGUCGAAGCUGUCUGAAGCGAACAACAAUGUUGGACAAGUCAGAGUACAAACACCAGAUUCACGAAGCAGUUACGCAAGUACUUACGAACGUGUACAUCUUUCCUCAAUCUUUGACGGCUUUGGUUACAUUUAUUAAACAGUUUACAAGCAUGAAAACUUGUCAAUCAACUGUUGUUAU